AUGACUGACACGCCACUGGCAUCUUUGUCUUUGACACAUGUCCAUUAUAAUCCAAACGAUCCGCUCUCCUUUUUGUCAGCCUGGCUUGCCCUAGUUCCCCAGGCACUAUGCGUGACCUAUGUCACUCUUAUUUGGGCGACAAGGGAAGUGGAGGUGCUAUUGAUGUUCGCGGGCCAAAUGGGUUGUGAAGCAUUGAACUUUGUGUUAAAGCGGAUCAUUCAAGAGGAAAGGCCAAAGCAAAUGCUUGGUAAAGGCUACGGCAUGCCAUCAUCCCAUGCACAAUUCGUCGCAUAUUUCGCCGUGUAUCUGGGGCUGUUCCUUACCUUCCGGCAUAACCCCACACACCCCGAGUCAUCAUUCCAUAUUCUCAUACGGAUAGUACUUGCCAUGGGAUUGAGCGUUGGCGCCGGCGCCGUGGCCAUCAGUCGUAUAUAUCUGAACUACCAUACACCCAAACAGGUUUUGGCAGGCUGUGGUGCUGGUAUUGGGUGUGCAUUUGCUUGGUUUCUCGUUACUGCAUUCCUCCGGACACAUGGUUGGCUUGACUGGAUAUUAGACUUGACCAUAUCGACGCAUUUGAGACUACGGGAUUUAGUGGUAAGUGAAGAUCUAGCCGAGGCCGGAUGGCAAAGAUGGGAAGCAAAGCGGAAGUUAAAGCGUCGGGGACAUAUUAGUAGUGAUCACCGGUCCCCGAAGACAGAUUGA